CCUCAAGCCGAGGACCCAGACACGGAACUUAAUCACCUACACGUAGUCUAAUUCAAGGAGUGGAUUCGGACGAAAAGGACAGCAGUAUAAUAAGAGGAAGACAAGUACCCCGACCCACAGCCAUCAUGAGGAGAAACCAGCAGGUCAACGUGAGGGCUACCAUCGCCCUCGCCUCCGCCUUCCACUUCCUGUUCGCCUGCGCCCGUGCCUGUGCCCUCCCCUUCCUCACCCUCUACCUCCGCCACCUCGGCCUCUCCCCAGCCAUGGUGGGCAUCUGUGCGGCGACACGUCACCUGGUGUCCCUGAUGGUGCGUCCGCUGGGCUGUGUGCUGGCUGGGGCCUGGGGCCACAGGAGGCUGCUGGGAGCUGGGUCCCUUCUGGGAGCUGCGGGCGCUGCCCUCAUCAUCGUCUUCCUCCCCUCCACCGUCACGGAGACGCUGGCCAGUCACUGCAACCUGUCCUUCUCUCUCCCCAUCCUCCCCAGUGGGCAUCCGGGAGAAGACGUGUGGGACUCAGGGAGAGGAGUGGCGCCCACCGCUGGCUCCCAAAUGCCAUUGGAUGUAAAUGCAACUUUAUUUAAAAAGACACUCAAUCACACAGAGUCUGUUCUGAUUGGGAGUGUUACAGCCCCUCUGCCCCAGCCUCACCCUUCCCAGCCCCAGCCUCACCCUUCCCAGCCCCAGCCUCACCCUUCCCAGCCCCAGCCUCACCCUUCCCAGCCCCAGCUUCCCAGCCCAAGCUCCCCAGCCUCCACCCUCCCAUUCCCAGCCUCACAUUUCCCAGCCCAAGCUCCCCAGCCUCCACCCUCCCAGCCUCCACCCUCACAGCCCCAGCUUCCCAGCCUCAGGUCUAAGGGGUCCAGCAGCAACCUCAGUGUGGCAGCAGAUACCAGAAGGCCUGUCCACCACCACCCUACCCCCACCCACAGGAGGGCAGGGAGAGGCCUGAAGGGGCCUGGGGAGAAGCAGCUUCAGAGAGAGAUAGAUGGAACUCGUUUUGACUUCCUGGGCGGCCUGAAGUCAAUGGACGCGCAGCACCAGCUGUUCUUCCUGCUCCUCAUGGCGCUCUCCCUGUGGGAGGCAUGCUCCGCCCCUCUGGAGUGGAUGCUGGACGACGGCCUGCAUGAGUUCCUUGACUCUGUUGACGCUUCCGAUCGCUACGGCGACAGUGGUGUGUGGGGGCUGCUGGGCGGGGCAUGCGGGGCGGGCAGCGUCGGGCUCCUGGUGAGUCAGCUAGGUUGCCUCCCCUUGACCCCUCACAGCCCCAGGGGCGCUUUGCAUUUCUACUCCUACACGGUGCUGACGGCCCUGGUCCUUCCCCUGGUGGCCCUCCUGCCCCUGCAGCGCCACAGGAGGAAGUGUGAGUUCAUAUGCUCCGCCCUCAAGCCCCUGCGGGUGGUGUGGGCCAACAGCCAGGCCCUGCUCCUGGCAGCCAUCAUGCUGCUGGCGGGCGCAGCCCAGGCCACCAUGGACGACUUCCUGCUGUGGGCCAUAGAGGACCAGGGAGGCUCGGAGCUGCAGAUGGGCCUGGCCCUGGGCCUGGGCCUGCUCUCCAAGGCUGCCUACCCCCUGCUGGGGCCUGGCCUGGCUCACAGGCUCAGCCCGGGCCUGCUGCUGGGGCUGGGGCUUGGCUGCUCGGCCCUGCAGGCCCUCUGCUUCAGCCUGCUGUGGAGCCCCUGGGCUGCCCUGCCCACCCAGACGCUCUGCUGCCUCAGCUCUGGCGCCAUCUGGUGGACGGUGGGGGUGCAGGUGGGCGGCGUGGCAUCGCCGAGGGAAGAGCGGGUGGUGAGGAGGCUGUACGAGGUCCUGGCGCUGGACUUGGGUGCAGGGCUUGGCAGUCUGGCUGGGGGCGUGGCCGUCCAAAGGGUGGGCGUUGCCUGGAUGUUCAGGGGGGCGGGGCUGAUGCUGGUGGUGUGCUGUGUCUGUCUGCCUCUUCUCUGGAAAGCCCCCAGCCAGCGCAGGAUCAACUACUCCCGCCUCCUGGCAGCCGGCGACAGCGAGCUUAGCGAAUCAGAGUCGGAGCUGGAUUGGCUGGAGAAAGCCAUUGAGGACGACAGAAGCAACAAUGACAGGACCAGGAGGACGGCUCUGUAGAGACCAGCAGAAGACCAGUGGACAGCAUGGACAGUAGAGACCAGCAGAGUGACCAGUGGACUAAAUGGAGACCAGCAGAGAGACCAGCAGAGAGUACAUUUGCUCUCAUUUGUUGUCAGGUGUUAUUAUGGGUCAGUCACUCUCUACUCAAUCUGCUCCUCUCAGCCAUAUGGCUGGAAAAUACAGUGUGUGUGUGUGUGUGAGUGAAUAUGCGUGUGUGUGAGCGUGUGUGAGCAUGUGUGUGUGUGGUGAAGGCAAGGACCAGGGAUGGUGAACCGGGCAGCUGUCUGAGCAGUGCUGUAUUUGUUUAUGACCAACAGUCCAACACUUUAUCUGAGGCUGGGAGUUGUAGUCCAACACUGAACUGUCUGUAGUCCAAUACUGUCUGGCUGUCCCAGGGAUGUGUCUGUACAAAUUUGACAGGGGAGUACUUUUGUGAUCGUUUUGUAUCUGUUGUGUUUUUGUUAUUUAAAAUCUGUUGGAGUGUGGAGAAAUGUGUCUGUGUUCUUGGUUAUUAGGUCAUUUUUCUGGAGCAGGUCAGCAUAAAAAACCAGGGGCCUAGAAACCAGGGGCCUAGAAACCAGGGGCCUAGAGACCAGGGGCCUAGUGACCAGGGGCCUAGGAACCAGGGGCCUAGGAACCAGGGGCCUAGAAACCAGGGGCCUAGACUAUGAAGCAGGAUUUGGGGUUUAGCGAGUUAACUUCAGUUUAACCCUGGGUUUUCAGGUGUCACAACAAUGGUUCACUUUUUACGUGGGUACUUUGCCAAGGUAACUUAUCUGCACACCGGUUAUUUUCCAGAUAAUAGAUCAACACGUAUGAAAGCCCCUGGAGGUGCGAGAGUUUUUUAAGUCCAACAAAAAACGUAGAAUUUCCCUGAGGAGUAUCUUUGUAACCUAUACACCAAAUACCAUUCUAAAACAAUGCACCACAGCAUUGUACCUGUUCACAAGAUAGCAAGAAUACCGAUUUACCGGUUUGACUUUUACAUUUAGUAAUUUAGCAGACGCUCUUAUCCAGAGCGACUUACAGUAAGU